AGGAGGAGGCCCCUCCCCUCGGCGCCGCCUCCGCGGCGCCCCCCCCGGCGCCACAGGGCCGCGCUCCAUGGCGGCCGGGCGCCGCCCCGACGGCUUCGCGGCGCUGCCGCCGCUCAGCCCGCGCACGCCCCGCUCGGGCGAGGGCGCCCAAGGCCUGGCUCUCUCAGGAGGCCUGCCGGCCUGGCGCGCGGCGGGCGCGGCCCUAGGCUGCUUCCUCGGUGCGUGCGCCGGCCUGGGCCUCCUGGGCACGGCGGUGCACGCCUCGAGCAGGGGGCUGCAGGGCGCCAGGGAGCGCCUGCUGGGGCAGGAUGCAUACGUGCCGGCGUAUGAGGCCGGCGCGUCCGGCGCCCCCCCGAGCACCGUCCCGAUCCCCGAGUCGCUGGGGCAGGCGGGCGUCACCGCCGACAGGAGCCUGGAGGUCUGCUCCUUCGAGCGCUCGGGGCACGGCGGGGUCGAGGGGCACUCCCUGUGGCGGGACUACGCCGCCUGGCACAAGAAUCCGCGCUCUCCCGCGGCAACCUCGUCGUCGCGGCUGACAUCUCCUUCAAAUUCCUGUCGUGAACGACUUCCAGGCGAGGUCUGCGGGUCGGCUUUGAUGAAGGAGGAGACCAUGGCGAACAGGGCCGCCGGCCGAGCGGCCGGCAGGCUUCUUGUGUGGCACUGCCUGGACGACGAAGACUGUGCCGGGCUCGCCGACGAGCUCAAGGGCAUUUCGACCAUGCUCUAUCUCGCUAUGGUCAGCGAGCGAGCGUUGGUCCUAGAGUGGGUGAGGCACGGCACGGACUUUUCGGAGCUGCUGGGCCAGCCGAGCAUCGAUUGGAGAUCUCCCGGCGCGCUGGAGGACUGCACGGAGGUCAACCUCAUGGGAACGGUGAGGUGGCAGUUGGGGGAGGCCGGCUGGCGGGACAAGCUGCACGAAAUCUUCAGCAGCCGUGACCCUUGCCUCAGGGUGAGGUCGAACGCGUACCCGUCCGCCUUCAUGGAGGACCUCAGCGCGAUGUCGCACUUGCCGCAAGUCAUAAGAAGCAUCCAGGAUGAGGUGGAGCAGGCCGUCGACAGGGAGUACUUGCUGGGCUGUGCCCUGCACUUUCUGUUCUCCUUCGACGAGGCCUACGCGCAGCUGCUCGACGGCUCUGAGGCCCUGGUUUCCUGCGGCGAUUCGGGACCCCGCUGCGCGGCGGCGCCCGCCCGCUUCGUGGGCGUGCACCUGCGCUUCGGGGACCGGGUGUUCGAGGGCGA